GAUGGAGAUGAAAGAUGCCGCUGACGAUUUGAGAAAUGACCUGAUCAACACGUGGUUGAUAAACUCUGAUACCAAAAAGAAAAUCGAACAUCUUUGGGAAUCAAUCAUCCUGGCUCUUCCCAUUGUACUGUGACAUUGAGAGGCUUGACUAGUGGUCAGUCCAGAGCUCUGUCCGCUUCGUUCUGGUGUUGGAGGUUAUCCGAACUGGAGACUGGCCCCGUGACCGUGUCCCUCCGCAUCCACAGAUACCAUGAGCGCCGCGAGCAAGAUGCCCGUGCCGACGCCGAGGCAGUUUAGAAUCCUGGCUUUACCUUUGGCCAGAUUACCUCGGACAGCCUCAACAACGCAAAUUAAGCCCGCGCCGACAGACGCCUCAUCACCAACUCCUCCUCUCUCUCCACACUCUGUAGAUGGUGCCUCAGAAUCAUCAGGAACCUCGAGCCAUGGAGAAGGUUCGACGGCUUCUGCCUCCUCGUCCUCACCUCCAGCAAACACCAGCCAUCCCUCAUCAUCCUCGACACCUCUCCUUUUUUUUCAUGUGAUUCAGCCUUCACCAUCACCAUCUCAAUCUCCUCCUCCUCUCACCACUCGUAUAUUGUCCAAAGCCUCUGAUACAUGGAUCAAAUUGGGCGAAAAAGAUCCAAAAUCCUGGAUGCAUUGGUUUUAUCGAAAGGGUGAAAGUUUGAUGGAUCGCAUAGAAUAUGAAGAAUGGGCUUUGAAAGCCGUGCAUGAGGGCAGAGGCGUCAAAGUAUUGAAAGAGGGCGAAGAGAAAACGAAGACUCAAGAGAUCAUCGAGAUUCCCUUGCUCAAACCUACACUUACGGAAAAAGGCGUUCAACUACCCACCAUGCUGCCGAAACUGCAUCGAAUGCUCAUCCAUCGUAUACCAUAUCACCGGAAGAUGAUGAUCCGAUCACUGCUUUUCACUCCCGUCACGUUUCCAUUCGCCAUCAUUCCCGUCAUUCCCAACUUCCCACUUUUCUACGUCCUCUGGCGAGCAUGGUCACAUUACAAGGCAUGGCGUGGCGCUUUCUACUUGGAGCGAUUGCUCAAACUCGGCAUGAUCAAGGAGCAGACUUCGGAGGAAUUGACAAAAGUCUAUGCGAGUAAAGGACAGGUGGUUCCUGAGCCAGGGAGCGAGAAUCGAGCGCCGGAUCAGACAUUCUCUGAAACCAGUGUGUCAAUCAAGUCGAGUUCUACCACCACAACGAGCCCCGAUGGAACACAUGAAGCUCAGUCUACGGAGAAGAUACCGAGCCAGGCAAAGGGAGCUGGUCCUGCGCCUGAUGGAACCUCGACUCCAGAAUCAAUGGUCUUUUCUCCUCCCCAGAACUCGACAGAUAAACCAACCACUGGAUCCACACCGAGACCUACGCCUGCUCCUCGUCAUCCUAGCUUGCUGCUCAGUCCGAGCCAAGUUCCGCUCUUGGCCAAGACCUUUGACAUAAAAGGACAAGAAUUGAUGGAUGUCGUGCGGGCGGUGGAACAAGCGGACGGUCGAGCAUGGGCGGCUGAUAAGAAACGAGGAGGAGAGUCUCAGCAGGGCGAUGCUGCCCAGCCGAGUGGGUCAGAUGACAAAAAGCCAGGGACAAAUUGGCGUGGUAACUUGCAUCGGUAACAAUGCUGUAGGCGUACGGGCCAAACAAGAUGAAUGUUGGGGGGGAUCAAUACACAUGGACAA